AUGCGCAGCGUCGGGCUCUUGGAAGACCUGCCAGCAGUGGCCGAAGAGAUAAAACGAGGGUUGCUCAAAGAAUACUUUGAAGAAUUCAACUAUCUGAAGAAUUCAACUACAGCGAGGAAGCCCAGAAUUGCUGGGUUGCUGCUUGUCUUUACGUCAUCUCCGCAGUUUUCUCAAUUUGGCAAUUUUUGGCAAAUCAGCGGCUGGCCGAACGGAUUGAGCAAUGGCAGCAGGGCCCAGGUGUUGACGGAAGCCAGUUCGGGCUUUACGGCAAUCAGCGUCGUGUCAGGGACAAUCUGGUCGCCAUCCAUGGACCAGGCGACGUCGCAAGUGACGUCGACGACGUCGCUGUCGUCCCUCGACUCCAACGGCUUGGACACAGUCCGCACGGCACGUGUUGGCAUCAAACGCGCCCAUCAAUCGACACUCGGCCUCCUUCCGAAUCCAGCUUCUCCUCUUUUCUCUUUUACAACAACACCAACGCCGACGGCAGAAGUUCUGGAUGAUCCUCGCUUCAAUUUAAUGUCCCUGGCCCAGGUGUUGACGGAAGCCAGUUCGGGCUUUACGGCAAUCAGCGUCGUGUCAGGGACAAUCUGGUCGCCAUCCAUGGACCAGGCGACGUCGCAAGUGACGUCGACGACGUCGCUGUCGUCCCUCGACUCCAACGGCUUGGACACAGUCCGCACGGCACGUGUUGGCAUCAAACGCGCCCAUCAAUCGACACUCGGCCUCCUUCCGAAUCCAGCUUCUCCUCUUUUCUCUUUUACAACAACACCAACGCCGACGGCAGAAGUUCUGGAUGAUCCUCGCUUCAAUUUAAUGUCCCUAUGUUUCAAUCAACGAACGGACGUGGUAGUGGAUGACGGGAUCCAGUCGCGCUGUCGCGUGUUAUACGAGCCCAGAUGUUUCAAUCAACGAACGGACGUGGUAGUGGAUGACGGGAUCCAGUCGCGCUGUCGCGUGUUAUACGAGCCCAGAGAUUUGGAAUUCAUAGAUAUUGGGGACGUUCUCGAGCUCAAUGUAUCUAGCGACUUCAGCGAGUUACUGAAUCCAAAUUUCGAAAACGUUAUUCUGGGCCUGAUUCAGAAUGAAUGCGAAAAAAAAGUCAUCAGGAAAAAUUGGGUUCUCCAUCCCAGCAGUCCCCAACAACACUGA